GCUGCACAGCUCUUUAUGGUUUUGUUUUUCAUUUCUACAGAAUUUUCUCUCCUGACCAUCAUGUGCUACGACCGCUACGUGUCCAUCUGCAAACCCCUGCACUACAGGACCCUCCUGGGCAGCAGAGCUUGUGCCCACAUGGCAGCAGCUGCCUGGGCCAGUGCCUUUCUCAAUGCUCUCAUGCACACAGCCAAUACAUUUUCCCUGCCCCUGUGCCAUGGCAAAGUUGUGGGCCAGUUCUUCUGUGAGGUGCCCCAGAUCCUCAAGCUCUCCUGCUCACACUCCAACUUCAGAAAAAUUUGGAUUUCAUUGCUUGGUGUCUGUUUAGGUUUUAGUUGUUUUGUGUUCAUUGUUUACUCCUAUGUGCAGAUCUUCAGGGCCGUGCUAAGGAUCCCCUCUGAGCAGGGACGGCACAAAGCCUUUUCCACCUGCCUCCCUCAGCUGGUCGUGGUCUCUCUGUUUCUCAGCACUGCUACAUUUGCCUACUUGAAGCCCUCCUCCAUCUCCUCCCCAUCCCUGGAUCUGGCCGUGUCAGUUCUGUACUCGGUGGUGCCUCCAGCCCUGAACCCCCUCAUCUACAGCCUGAGGAACCAGGAUCUCAAGCUGUCGCGCACCCCCCGCUCCACGGAAGGAGAGACCGGCCACCGGGGCCGCUGCUACAGAGGCAACCUGUCCGGGAUGGUCCGAGCUCAAACAAACAGCCGUUUCCAGGCAGUCUCUGACGCCGACACAGAGGACAGAGUCUCCGACAGCGGCAGAACUGCUGGGGCAGCCCCGGGACAACCUGAAACACUCGGGGAGGGAAUCACACUGGGUGUAGUAGCGGCCGCGGGCUGCUCCGAGGGUCCCGCGGUGAGGAGGCCAGUGGAAACGGCGGGGGGGCCGGAGGGGCUGGAGAGAACUCCUCCUCCGCUGAGCCAGAAGCUGGAGACGUGUCGUCGUCACCUAGCAACUCAGCAGGCACAGGAAGCGCUGUUUCUGCAUUCUCAGACGCAGGCGGGGAAGCUGGUAAGGCCAUGGGCGGGACUGCCUGGAGAGGCGGAGACGGGAUCGCCCGGAGUGGCGGCCGCGCCGGCGGGGCGGGUCUUGGAGGCGGACGCGGGGUGA